AUUAUUAUAUAUAUAUAUAUGGAAAAUAAGAGUUAACCUCAAACUUAGUGGCGUUUUGUUUUAAAAGUACAACAAAGAAAAAUUAGAAAUAUUUGUAUUUUAAACAAAAAAAAAUUGAUAGUAUAUUUCAUUUGAAAUAUUAAAUAUUUUCAGAAAAUUCAUCGGAACAGAUAAGAAUGUAUUUUCAUGAUUGAAAAUAAUCAAAUGUUAAAAAAUGUUUUGCUGCUUGAGAAAUUGUUUUGAUAGUUUUGGCUUUUCUACUGGCCAAAUAUCUAAAGAAGAAAGAAAUCUCAUCGCUCUCGAUACAACUCAUAUGGGCCAUGAAGUUGUAAUAGUAAAAAAUGGAUUGAGAGUUUGCGGCAGAGGUGGAGCUUUAACAAAUGCACCUUUAGUACAAAGUAAAAGUUACUUUGAGGUAAAAGUUCAACAGGGAGGUAUUUGGGCCGUUGGAUUAGCAACAAGAUCUGCAGAUCUCAAUACAGCUUGUGGUGGUUUAGAUACUGAAAGUUGGGCUUUAAAUUCCGAUGGAUUUAUAAGGCAUAAUCAACAGGAAUUACACAAAAUUCAAGAUCUUGCACAGGAGGGCGAUAUUAUUGGAGUUGCUUUUGAUCAUAUUGAAUUAAAUUUUUACCUUAACGGUAAAUCCCUAGAGGCACCGAUUAUGGGAGUAAAGGGCACAAUGUUUCCAGUUCUCUAUGUCGAUGAUGGUGCAAUUUUGGAUUUAAUCCUCGAUGACUUUCUUCACGCACCUCCAAUAGGUUUCGAUAAAAUAAUGUUGGAACAAUCAUUACUUUAGCAGAUUAUUUUUUAAUAAUUUUCUUCCAAUCAACAACAAUUUUCAAAUUGAAUACUUAUAUUAUAUAUAUAUAGUGUGAAUUGUGUGUAUGUGUGUGUCAGUCAAAUGAGUGUUCUCAUUAAAUGAAAGGAAUUAAUGUAAAGAUGUGUGAGAAUAAAAAAUAUAUAUAUUAUAAACAGUGUCCGUGUGAAGAAAAAACAAAUGUUAUAAUAUACAAUUACCCUAAAUGUAUACAUUAUUAUACGUAAUAAGCAGUAAAAUUUCGACGAUUAAUAUUUUUCUUGAAAUCCACGAUUGUAAAUAAACAGAGAAUAAUUAUAUAUUGAUAAAACUGGGUAACAAAAAAAUGAUCAUGUUGUGUUUAUUUCAAAAUUUCUGUGUUUAUUGAAUAUUUGGGUGUCAAUGAACAAGAAAAUACAAAAAAAAAUUUUUAAUUUGUUCAGUUUCCUAAAAAUUGAGGUUAAAGUGUCGAAAAAUGGCUUUUUUGGCCCUUUUUGAAGUACUAUAAAACGAAAACGUGAGGGCAUAGAAAGCUUUCAUAAGGCUCAAAAGAAAGCUUAAUCCUUCAACUUUAAGAUACAAAAUUGAAAUGUCAUGCAAUAAUUGUAGGGAGCCUGUAUUUAACGCAUAACUCAUAACGAAUCAUUGAAUUUCUAGUUCAAAUCUUUGGGAAUGUAUGCUUGAUAAAAAAAAACCUGAUUUGCUUGAAACUUGUCACUCAGCAGUUUUUUGGUUUGCUGAUUACAAAUUUGAGGUUAGGUUUCAAAAACUCAAAAUGUCGGAUCCAAUAUGGCGGACGGAUUUCUUAAAAACAGUUUAAAUUCUCUUGCUACUCGGGGGUAUUUAGGGUCACUGAUUACGAAUUUAAAGUCCGAUUUUUAGUAUUUUUUGUCGCAUGAUAAUAAUAAAAGAAAGAGCUAAUAUUGUACGCUAUAAAGGAUUUUAAGGUUCAUAAGUUUCAUUUAAAGUUGAUAAUUUUUUAAUUGUUUUCUUUUUUCAUAUAAUAUGUAAUUUAUAUAAUAUAUACCACAUAUUUCACAAUGGAUUUUAGCCUGACAGUAUUACCUUGGAAUAUAUCAGUUUUUUAUAUUUAAAAAGAGACUUUAAAAAUUCUUCUUUUUUUUUUUUAUUCAAACAGACACUACGAGCUAAAAAAAUUUUAUUUCAAUUUUCCAAACUGGAAUGCGUUAAAAUUUUAUUGUUAUGUAAUUUUAUUUAUAAAUGAUUUUAAAAAAGAACCAGUUAAUUUUCAAAUUUAAAAUUAUUCUUCCUAUACAUAUUGGAUCCGGCAUUUUGAAUUUCGAAAAUCUGACUUCAAAUUCUUAAUCAGUGACCCCAAAAACCUUUGAGUAGAAAGACUCAAGAUAAUUUAAACGCUUCCUAAGAAAUCCGUCCGCCAUUUUGAAUUACGAAAAUCUAACUUCAAAUUCGUGAUCAGGGACCCCAAAAACCCCCGAGUUCCAAGACUCAAGCAAAUCCGAUUUUUUUUAUCAAGCAUACAUUCCCAAAGAUUUGAACUAGAAAUUCAAUGAUACAUUAUAUGAGUUAUACGUUAAAUACAGGCUCCCUACAAUUAUUGCAUGUCAUUUCAAUUUUUUAUCUUAAAAAUCUCAAUUUUUAGGGAACUGAACAAAUUAAAAUUUUUUUUUGUAUUUUCUUGUUCAUUGACACCCAAAUAUUCAAUAAACACAGGAAUUUUGAAAUAAACACAAUAUGACCAUUUUUUUUGUUACCCAGUGUAAUUAUAGAUAGAGAUAAUAAGACGAGUUUAACAAUUUUAUUCAUCAAUUAAUUUUAAAUUAAUUAAAGUAUAUUUAAUUAUUAACUGAUUAUUGUACAUGUUUCAAUUCUUAAACAUUUUAACCCUGCUGUUUUAGAAAAAAAGUCUUUUGUAUUACAAUUCAUUCAAUUCAAUACACUUUAUUUUAUAAACAAUUUGCUUUUUUGCGGUGGAAGCAAUGAAUUUCUUCAAUUCAAUUGAUUGAUUUAAAAUAUUUCGAGUUGCAAACUGUUUUAAAUUAAUUAAAUUUUUUGACAAAUUAAGAAAAUUUUAAUUAAUUUUAUGUGUAACAUAUACUUUAUAUAUACGAAUCGAUUCGUUUCAAUGCAAGAAAUACUUCCCACAUAGCACGACUUUUUGCUGUGAGGUUACUGUAAGGAUAUCUGUAGGGUUUGUAACGUUACCGUGUAAGCCUACAGUAAACUUGAGGUCAUAUCUUAAAACUUCCGCCAAUACAGUAAGCAUCGUGGUAAUGAGUCCUUUCAUAUCGAUCGAAGUACUAAUUUGGAGAAGUUUUACAUUAAUUUUUUGUUUAAUUUUAACCAAAUAUAAUAAUUAUGUAGCGUUGUUACUAAUAUCUAAACAUUUUACGCAGAGAUAUUGUAAUUUUAUUUAAUACAGAGUUAUAAAUUUUAUGUUAUUGCUAGAUUUUGCCUGUCUUGAUAAUUUAUCGUUAAUUCAAUAUUAUGUAUAAAAAAUAUAUUAUCUGUAUUAUUAUUAUUCUUUUAUGAGAAAAAAAAUUUCAGAAUUCUUUUAAAAUUUUUAUGCUUAAAUAAGUGUAAACCUUUUUACUUCAAAUUGAAGGUUUCUAUAAUUGUAAAUUAAUUUUGAAGUUGCAACGAAAUAUUUCGUAUAAUUUUUAAUUUAUAAUGGUACUUUAUUUUAUUUUUUUUAUUUAUUAUUACGUUAUUUAUGUAUUUAUUUAUAUUUUUAAAAAAGGUUUUUUUAAAUAUUUUUUUGUGUAUUUGUGUUUUUUUAUUAUUAUUAUUAUCGAUAAGUGAUUUGAAUUUAGGGUGAUAGAUGAAAUAUCUAAAAUAUACAUUCGUGCAUAUUGAGAGUCGAUAAUGAAGUGUCACUCCAAUCAUCCUCGCUAUAUUUUUUGUGCCAUAUACACGUAAAUUUGUCACUGUGAAACAAAAAAAUUCAUAACUUUUUUCGAAAUAAAAAAAUCACAUUCAUACAAA